AGGUAAUGUUUAGCAUGUAUAACUGUUGUGUCAAAGCAAGGCACCAGCAGGAUUCAAAAUGGUCCUUGGUUGUUUGCAUCUGUGCAACUCUCUCACAAGUGAUGGUCUUGGGAAUUAUGCGCAGCUUUGGUGUGCUUUUUCCUGUAUUGAUGGCAAAGUUUGAAACAAACAGGGAAAAAACAGGCAAGUGGGUCUUAACCCUUUAAUGACAGAAUAAUACUAAGUUGCUCCAAUACCAAAUUCUUUUUUGGUAAGGAGAAGCUAAAAUCUUGGGAGUUAAAGGGGCAUAAUACAUUUCCUAGAAGCUGGCAAACAUUUCUUUUUUUUCUAGUUUCCUUUUUUGGUUUAAAUUGAUUUUUGCAUGUUGCAUGUUCUACAGCUUUAAUAAGCUGUAGAACUACUCAGCCAUAAGUUGUGGAAGAACCUUAGGAGAGUGGUAUCAACUCUAUUAUAUAUCACACUAUGAAAAGAUGAGCCCACUGGAAGGCCAGGAAACUGUUGCAAAUAAAUUUGUUACUACUUAAAUAAUCAUGGCUUACAAGUAAGCACAAGUAAGCAGCAGCUCAUAUAUUCAAUGAUAUUUCUUGGUGAUCUGUUGUUGUCUCUGUGUUUUGAUAUUCCACUAACUGGAAGUGAAAGUAUUCUUAAAGUGAUUGUAAAAGUAGGCCAAAAUUCUUUGAGGAAACUCCUUUUAAAUCAGCUUCAUUGAUAGUACUAGAGUGUCCUUGAGCAGAGAUCUAAUAAGAUGGAGCAAACCAAAUUUAUUAAAAUACUUCUUCAUAAUUAUUACUCAUUAUUUCUUACAGCUUGGGUAGGUUCCCUCUGCUUAUCACUUGCACUAUUUGCUGCUCCAUUUGUGGGACGUCUCUCUGACAAGUUUAGUUGUCGCUGUUUGAUCAUGACUGGAGCAUUGCUGUUUGUAACAGGACUUAUAGCAACAUCAUUUGUUAACAACAUUGGGAUCAUGUUCAUCACUUACAGUAUUCUUACGGGACUAGGAGCAUGUUUCUGUCGUACAUCAUGUUUUUUAAUAGUGGCAAAGUACUUCAACAAGAAGCGUUCAUUUGCCACAGGGAUUUUAACCAUGGGGGCCAGUCUCGGAAUGUUUGUAUGGGGCCCUAUAACACAGGUCCUACUAGAUUCAUUUGGCUGGAGAAACACAUAUAGAGUGAUGGCAGCUUCAUGCACCCUUAUUUUCGUCUGUGCUAUGACUUUUAAUCCCAAUGUUGAGGAGAAUGACUGGGAAGCAGCAGGGAAGCAAAAAAUAGGAGAGAGCAAUGAUAACAAUGAGGAGAAAGAUUACUGUGGCAAUGACUUUGAAGCUAGGAGUGAGGAAAUGAAAAUUCUUGAUUUUUCAGUAUGGCAGAUUCCCCAGUUUUGCAUACUUGUUUCUUCAUUCACACUGAUGUUUUUGUGUCGCUUCAUACCAAUGGUUCAUCUAGUAAGUGAUUAGUAAGUGAUACUAAGUGUGAGAUUAUGUUAGUAACCCAUUGACUCUUAAGACUGACUAUAGCAUUUAAUUUUUCCCAACAGUUAUGACCCCUGAAUCACACAUUAAGAUCUCAAGAAUAAAGUGAAUUAUUAUAACAACAAAGAAAUAAAUAAGCUUGUGAUUGUUUAACAAAUUCUCUUUGUCAGCACCUGAGGAAAUGUAUAGAGAACAUUAUGGAGGAUAUGUAUACUGAGGUUAGGGUGAAAAGGAUUAAGGAGACUCAGUCUUUAUGGCUCUAAAUAUGGAUCCUACACACUGUUUUCCACACACUUUUUUUCUAUAUUAGACCUAAGCAUCUGGUCUAAAAUUGAACACUAUCUACUAGAUGUUAAAUUGUUUCACUAUUCAUCACCUUUCUGCAUGAAACUCUAUUGACAUUGUAAGGUGAAAUUCAUUUUUGGUCACAUGUGGGGGUACAAUGGUUCUUGCAGGGCGUUUGCUUUAUUCAGGGUAAGUAAACUGCAUAUGGGCACAGCCAGGGGAUCACACUGUCAAACAGAAGGUACUCGCCAGUUUUGGCCUCCUGAAUAUGGUAGUUUGUUUGCUCAUAAAAGGCUUACAAAGAGGGGGCGGGGAAGGGGGUGUCCUUGGGUGUUGCAUGUACUUACUCUAAGAUAAACUUCACAAUCUACAGAUUAAAACUGAUCAUUCAGAAGGGACUUAAACUCCUAGGGCCAGUUUCUUUAACAAAGUUUAGCCAUUGUUUAACAAAAUGGCAUCCUAAACAAAUCCUCAAUUUUUCUUAACCUUUUUUUCCAAACAUUUAUCUUUGAGGACAGUGUCAAGACAGCUGAAAGUAAACAGUGGAAGGACAGUUAUUUAGUUAGUUUAAUCAACCUUCUUAUAUAGAAAGCCUGAGGCCCACUGGUUGCAAAAAAAAUCUUGGUUUGGGUUAGACCUCUUGUAAUAUUACUGGCCCGUGGAGUCCUAUAGCCAAUAAUAUCAUAGCAAAAGUGACCAAUCUGUGUUCACAAGUACCAACACUCAAUGGACAAAGGGAUUAAUCCUUAACCCUUUAACUCCCAUGUGUGACCAAGACAGAAUUUCUCCUUACAAUAUUAAUACAAUAUCAAGCAGACAAGUGAUGUGAAUAAAGAAAAAUAUCAAUUUGGGGAUAAUUAGUUGAUCCAAUACCAAAUUCUCUGAACUAACAUUAUAAGAAUUGUAUGGUUGACAGUAAGGAGAUUUAAAAAAUUUGAUCUGGGAGGUAAAGGGUUAAUUGACUUUGAUGAUGACUUACACCCAGGUUGAUAAAAAAAAAGUUGAUCACAGCUUUCUCAACUGGAUGAUUAGACUUCACACCAAACUGAUGUCUUCUUUGUUUUCAGGCCAAGUACAGUGAAGAACUGAAUAUUUCACCUCAUCAAGCCUCAUUCUUUUACAUGUUCCUUGGAAUCUCAUCAGGCACAUCUGCAUUUCUAAUUGGCAGACUGUGUGAUGUCAAAUGGAUCAAUAUACGCUAUGUAAAUCAGCUUGGAAUUUUGGUUUCUGGAAUCUCUACACUGCUCUUACCACUUGCUAAAAACUAUCUUUCUGUUGCAUUUUAUGCUGUAGUGUUUGGGUUCUCAGAUGGAGCCUUCAUCACAACACAAAAUGUAAUUCUCUUGAAUAUUGUUGGGCCCAAGAGACGAGCAGCUGCAUUUGGGUUUGGGUGCAUGUUGUGUUCACUGGCUUUAGCUGCUGGUCCACCUUUAACAGGUAAGAACUCAGAAAUUUAAUAUUUUUAAUCAUAACCAUUACAAUUUCCUCAAAUGUGAUUGGUGCAUUGACUACUUUAUUUUUCACUAUUCAUUCUGUUUCAUUCAUUCACUAUUUGGGGCUUCUGUGAAAGUCCUGAUUUUGAAAACUCCUAUACUUAUGCCGUGCAUGGCUUUCACAGUCUUUCCUGAACUUUAAGACAAACAGGGAUGGCAUAGUAAUACAAACACAGGCCUCCCACUACUGUGUUGGCACCAGUUCAUUUGAUGAACCUGAUUAGACAUGAGCAGGCAUUGAGUUUGUUGUUGUAUAAUGACCUCACUCUCUGUUUAUACAAAUUAAUACCCAUUAGCAAGCAGUAAAAUUGCAUUACUGACCUAAUUGUUUCUGCUGUUACAACUGAAAUAUGUGAUUUUAUUUUUUGAAGGCUUCAUAGCUGACCAACUCGCUUCAUACAAGUUUGCAUUUUACACAAUUGGCUCUCUAAUUCUUCUCAGUGCAGCUAUUCAGAUGCUUCUGAUCUGCUUUGAGUCUCCAGUCAGUGAGACCAAAGGAGAUAGUGAUGCUGCUGUGACUGUCAAAGUGGUUACAUUCUCUGAGAAUAUCUGCACAGAAAGUCAACAUGGGAAACCUGACGAUAAAGAACUCCUGGGAGGCCUUUACGUAAAAUCUCUGUUGAAAAAGAACAGCAACAUCAGUGCUUCUGUGGAGAGUAUCCAGCUCCUUUAAAAUUUUACACCUUGACAACAGUAUGUACAUUCUCCAUACUGCUCUUUAUAAUUUCCCAUGAUACUGAGUAGGAGAACUUCUUUAACGAUCAAGAAUUUCUUAAGUUGGCUACUCUUUCUUACUAUCAUUCUCAUGACCUUGAAGUGUUUGGUUCAAUGUUGAUACAAUGAGGAGGAAUCAGUGGGGAUUAUAACCCUUAACUCCUAAGAUCUCACUUGUAAUUCUCCUUACUGUCUGCCAUGUACAGUUCUUGUGAUGUUAGUUUUGAGAAUUUGGUUUUGGAUCAACUAAUAAUCCUCUAAGUUAUAUUUUUCUUUAUUCUCAUCACUUAAUUGUCUGCUUGAUAUUGUACUGAUAUCACAAUUACAUCAAAAGGAGAAAUGCUGUCUUGGUCACUUAUGGGAGUUAAAGGGUGAAUGGAACACUUUUUUCAGAAUUAUUUUAUAGUUAUGUUAUAAACGCUCUUGGUUUAUAUUAACUAACUUAUAAUCAUGAUAGCUAUAAAAAAUCAUGAUGAUUCUUAUGAUUGCAAUGAUAGUCUAGAUAAUCAUAAUUAUAACAAUUAAUCAUGGAAGUGGCAGUGAAUCAUGGUGGAUAUUGGUGAAUAUCCUUCACUUUCACUGAUACUGAGGUGAAUACUUGCUUUUAUGCUGGAUAUACCACACGGAUACAAAAAAUAUUUAUUUCUUCUGGACAAUAUACUGAAGAGUGGUCAGAAAUUAAGUAUUGAUGUGUGAUUUUGUCUCAUCAGCUACUUAGAAGUGCAUGGUAUUUACUAUUCACUAAUGAGUCAGCCCAUCUGAGGGCAGUAAUGUUCACUUGUGUGGUAUAUGCAAAUAAUUAUUAUGAUUGUAAGAUUAUUUAGCAAAUGAAAUUAAGUUAAAUCUGCAAUUUUCUUGGGAUCUAACAAUCUAGAAAUUGAGUAAAAUCUGAAUUACUUUUAAGAAUACAGUAUUUAUGCCUUUUGGCCUCCUUUUCAUUUAUGGCUUGCUCAUUCCUUACUGAAAGAACUCCUUCAAAACAAGAUUUAUUUUUUUUUACUUUUGGUUCAUUCACAUUUUGGCUGCUAGUCUUAAUUAUGGAGUAUUAUAUUUAUCUUUAAUAAUAAUCUACGUUGCAUUCACAACAAAAUUCAACUUGAUCUCCAGAAUUGAAAUGAAAAAAAUAUUUAUUUUUGAAGUUUUACCAAUGAUGAACUAUUUAUUCUUUUAAGAAAGUUUAAGCUUGUUUGAAUAUGAUUGUUUGCACACAUUAGAGACCCUGUAAAUGGUUCUUGGGAUACUGAAUAUUUGGGUAAAAACUUUAAGGGAUAUGGGUAUUUCAGUUAAAUAGUGAUUUUUGGAAUUAUAGGGAUACAAUCUGCAGGAAUUAAUGGGGCACAUUAUUGUUAAUAGUAAGUUUAAAAUUAAUGAGAUGCAGGAUACUCAGAUCCCCCUAAUGGACCCUACAUAAGGGCUUCAUCAAUCGCUAAACCUUGGGUAUUCGAAUGAUUAAACUUAAGUCACAAAUUAAAUGUUAAGCAAAUGUCAGUUAGCUCUGCAUUGAAAUUGACAGCAGUGUUUAUCCACAAUCAAGAUAACAUUGAUUAAAAUUUGGAAUUAUACCAACUACCAAUAUAUUUGGUUUCUUAAUCUUCUGUUUGAAAAGGGUUC